AACUCAUCCUCCCCUGUCCUCUGGCCUGCAUCAUUCUUCGUCCUCACUUCACCUGCGGCAGGUAACUUGCGACACGUCGUGCGCCAUUCAUGUUUCUUUUUGACGACCUGCAGCUUGCAUCUGUCACUCUUCGGCUGUCAUCGACUCGUCCUGUCUAUCUUUGACCAACUUCCUCUCUUGACCCUCGUCGAUUCUGCCUUGCAAUAAGCCCGGCUCGCCUGCGAACACCAGGGCUUAACUACAAGACUGUGCUCAUGACCUUCCCUAUGCACCUCGAAUCCGAACAACCCCCAGACGAACUCAAACCUCUAUAAAUUGCUUUUCGCCUGUUCUUGAACUCUGCAUCCUGACGAAUAGGUCGACGACGGCGCUUGUGCCCUGAAAUAAGACAAAAAUCUCAACGACUCACCAACCCCUAGUACACCCGCACUGUCUAUGCUUCCUCGACCAGCGGAUUGCUUAAGAGCUGUGAGGAAUGGAGCAUGAUCUAAGGUCCUUCCAGUCAGUCAACAUCGGUUUGAGUUGUCUCGAAACCGGCAGCUCGAGGUUUACAAGAGAUGGGAUAUAUCAUCCACCGCCUCUGGCGUUCUGGAGGAACAAUCUGACAGCCCUCUCGCAGCGAUACAAUCUUUAUUUUGUUGCCCAUCGAGAUGCCAUUGCGGUCUACAGACCCGACUUUCCUUUCCAAAGACUGCACAGGCGGCCUUCACUCGUGAUUCCGCCUAUGCUUGCAAACCCUUCGGCGAAAGGCUACAUUGAUUCUCAUUACGCGCACAACAUAAACCACAUCCUAGUUGAUGACUUGGGCUCUGAAGAAAUUGUGCUUGUAUCGACGGACUCUGGAAACCUGACUGCCUAUUUCACCAAGGCCAUUGACGAUGCGAUUCGCAAGGAUCCCUACCGGUUCAGUACAAACGCUCGAAGUGACUACGUAGGAGUGCGUGCAUUCUUUGCACAGUGGGUGUAUGAAUCAGCAUGGGGACUCUCCAUCCAUUCCAAAGCCCGUAUGAUUGCUGUUUCAGCUAACACGCCUAACAAUAUUCCCAGCGAUGAUCCUUGCUCGAAGAUCACAGUUUUUGCUUUUGCCUUGACAGAGAAUAAUGAAAGUGAAGAUACGGUCCUCCAAAUCGACGAUGACGAAAACAUUGGAUUGGACGUUUCUGAACUUGCAAAGCAACAAGAUUGGGAGGAAUGGGAUUGCAGAGGGCCAGACUCUAGUCUUCCGCCCCGCGACCGAAACUACAAGAUCACUCUCGGUGGUCUCGAGGGUCACAACGACAAUAUUCCCAGCAUCUCGUUUGUCAAUACUGAUGAUGAUCCCGAUGGUCGAUGGAUCUUGAGUACUGAUAUCCGUGGUGAAAUGAAGAUGUGGGAGAUCUGGCAAGGACUUUGUCUCAAGACAUGGAAUUUCGCCGAAAAGAGAAUGCGCGGUGGGUUUCAAAGUAGACGAGAAGGAGGCUGGAUCGUUGCAGCCUUGGACUCUCGAGCUUUCCGCUCUGCCCGGACCAUGGAACAAUUUUGUGGUCAUACAAAGGCUCCUCAAUACUACGGUCACAUGGGUGAGAGCUAUGAUUUGACCAACAUCGUACGCCUUCGCACGCCUGGGUUUAGUCUUGCACAUCCCCAUGUUCAAGGGUUUUCACCCACUGAUGCGCCUGUAGAAGAGGAAGAAGUACAAGGACAAACCUAUGAUGGCUGGUCCGAUCUAGAUGGGUCCGACGACGAGCAAGGCGUUUCGAAUUCUGAUCGCAUAGCCGAGAACGGAUCGGCCGAACAGCCUCCUGCGCCACUUUUCAUGCCCAUCUCAUCUCGGAUUGCGGGAGAAAUGGAGGCGAUCGAGAGUGGGAUCGACUAUAAUCUCGGAGAGGAUGUGAUUUCUAGCGACGAGGAGGGCUCAGAAGAGCCAUUGGACCACGACGCUGAUUCUCGGAUGUCGCUUUUGUUUGAUCAUGAACAUUCUGAUGUUGAUGUAGAGGAUGACGAAAUGCAGUAUGGCUCGAGCACCGAAGACCAAGAAGAGCAGUCUUAUUCCAGCAGCCGUCGCAGCACGACGUCUCUCUCCAGCCUUGCGCAACGAAACAGCGAAGAAUUAGAGCAACGACUACUUGGGGAUGCAAAUACCAACUCUCUGUCGUUCACACAGGACCGUCGUCUCGAAGGAAGUACCAGUAAAGAAGCUACCUUUCAGCAGCCUCGUGGCACUGCAGCACGCAAAGAUAUCCCGAAGAUUCCAACGCUGCAUUGUACUGCCUCGCAUCUCAGACUUCUCAUGGCACCGCAAGCGUCCUCAGCCCAUGUAUUUUGUGCCAAUAUCUUGAAGCAAGCAUUGCCUGAAUACAUCGAGAUGACGAAUUACGUACAUCUUGACAGGAUCAACAUGAUUCAGCAGAUUCCUGAGUUGGGCAUUGUCAUUGUGGCCACGCAAAUUGGUCGUUGUGCCAUAUGUUCGACCGUUAGAAACGAAAAGACUGGCACGCUGGGUCUGCGUGUCGACUGGGUCUUGCCAACGAGCAAACAGGAGGCCAGACACCUCCGCCCUCCUAUGCCACUGCUAGGCAUUGCCGUCUCCCCUAUCCAAGGACGAUUCCGUGCUGGGGAGAGGAAAAGUAAGUCGGAUGUCGAAACUUCAAUUGAAUGGGGCAAAGAUGGUGUGGUCGAUGGCGUUACAACAACAUUCGAUCAUAGGAGUGCGGUAGUGGGGGAGGAGGAGCUUGAAGACGCCACGAACUCUACGAACUCUGGCAAGCAGAGCCCGCAUGGACAAAGGUUCGAGUGCCCUACGGUACCUGAAUCAUCAUCGUCGAAUCACACGCCGAGAAAAGCUGCGUGGACAAGGCCCGAAAGUAUCGAGCCGUGGAUGUCCAUGGACAACAGUCGCAGAUACAGGCUGAUGCUGACCUACCUGGAUAUGUCGGUUCUGACAUACGAGAUCUCCAGGGGAGUAGAGCGUGAAGAUAUUAUUCAACGUGAAACAUCCAGCCUCGAGGAUGUUGACUGAAUGCUGUCCAGAUUUAUGAGAAUACGAUGUAAUUGUACGAUCAGAAUGAACCUUCAAUUUAUUAUCGCGGGAUGUUGCACAGACUAUAUGCGACCUCCCAGCUCUAUCGAUAUUGGAGACGCGAAAUGGGUGCAGAUAAAUGAUAAGCGACGUCAGAUCGAACCCGGAUCUAGGUAUUUCU